AGAGGGAAGAAAUAGAAAAAGAAAGAGGAGGGUGUGUGUUUCCUUUUCAUUAGUUUAGCCAUACUCUCUAAAGACACACACCCCACGUUUCUACCAACAAUAAACAUAAACAGAAAAAACUGACUCAUACCCAUUAUCUUGAUGAUUGUCAACAAAAUCUCCCAAGAACAAACUCCUCAAAAAAAAAAAAACCAUAUGGAGUUUGGGCUUCUCCCUUAAUCUCCAUUCAAUCUUCCAAAACAACAAGCUCUCACAUCACAGUUCUUUUCCGACUCCGUACGUAGGGAAUUCGCUCGAAAUUUUUCAUGAUGGUUCGAGCAAUGGAAGAAGAACAAGCACAAUAUAGGUCCAGACUCUUCCAUUUGAAAGGAAUGAACGAGGACGCAGGACGACAAGCACAUAGUAUGAUCAUGGAGAGCAGUGGGCCGCUUUCACCCGUGGAAGGUAGGAUAGCAUCAAGAAGCCAGGCUUCAGCACCUUUGAGCGAUGAGCCAAAGCAGAUUGGUUUUUCCCUUAACCGUAACGAAAAGGGUCCAAAAUCCCGUUUGCCCAAUGAUCAUGGAGCGGAGAGCCCCCGGUCCAAAACAGACAUGGAACUGAUGAAGGAAAGGUUUUCGAAGUUGCUUCUUGGUGAGGAUAUGUCGGGUGGAGGAAAGGGUGUUUCAUCGGCCUUGGCAUUGUCCAAUGCCAUUACAAACCUUUCAGCUUCUAUCUUUGGUGAACAAAAGCGAUUAGAGCCUAUGGCAUCAGAUAGGAAAGCAAAGUGGAGAAGAGAAAUUGACUGGCUCUUAUCGGUGACUGAUCACAUUGUUGAAAUGGUUCCUUCAAAGCAAAAAUCGAAAGAUGGAACUAAUAUGGAGAUAAUGACCACAAGACAGCGGACUGAUCUCCACAUGAAUAUCCCCGCCCUACGGAAACUUGAUACAAUGCUUAUUGACUUACUGGAUAAUUUUAAAGACCAAAAUGAAUUCUCUUAUGUGUCCAAAGACGACGAAUCAGAGAGAGGGAAAAACAAGAGGAAAGACGACAAAUGGUGGAUACCUACGCCUAAGGUUCCCCCAAAUGGUUUAUCUGAAGUCACAAGGAAAUGGCUGCAGUUCCAGAAGGAUUCAGUGCACCAAGUACUCAAAGCGGCUAUGGCCAUAAACGCACAAGUUGUAUCAGAAAUGGAAAUCCCGGAAAAUUACAUUGAUUCUCUCCCCAAGAACGGGAGGGCUAGCCUUGGAGACUCUAUAUAUAGAAGUAUAACGAGUGGGGACUACUUUGAUCCUGAUCAUUUUCUAUCAAUGAUGGAUUUGUCAUCAGAGCAUAAGAUCCUUGACCUCAAGAAUAGGAUUGAGGCCUCUGUUGUGAUUUGGAAGAGGAAAAUGAAUGCCAAAGAUGGAAAGUCGGCUUGGGGUUCAGCUGUGAGUUUGGACAAGAGAGAAAUGUUUGAAGAUAGAGCAGAGACCAUUUUGCUCAUUAUUAAACAGCGGUUUCCUGGAAUUCCUCAAUCGGCGUUAGACAUCAGCAAGAUCCAAUACACCCGGGAUGUCGGACAAGCAGUAUUGGAGAGCUAUUCAAGAAUACUAGAAAGUUUGGCCUACACGGUCAUGUCUAGAAUAGAAGAUGUUCUCCAUGCUGAUUCUCUUGCGCAAAAUCCAUCACUCGGGGAACAAAAACGGCAUCCCCUAAGAGAUACCUCGAUAGUUAUGACAGCUGAUACGUUUCCAAAUGCAAAAGAAGAGCUAGAGAAGCUGAAAUCAUCGGAUGCGCCCACUUCAAUGACGCUAUCAGAUUUCAUGGGUUGGACUUUGGAUCAAGGAGAUAGUGAAACGAAGAAGGACUCAGCCGAAGAUUCUGUCAAAGAAAACGAUACAAAGCCCCUAAGUAAACCCCCUAUUAUUGUGACCAACAAGAAACUUACCUACAUAGAGAAGCUUGAGAACUUAGGCGGUUUAAGAAGUCCAACUGCGCGCCAUUAAUAUGCAGACAGACACCAACGGAAUUGUGCACUAAAGAUGGAAUGUGAACAAGGAGAAGCAUUAGGAGGGAGAAAGCUUGAUUUCCUGUGGAAUUAUUCGGACUCUGUUCAGGUUUUAGGUGAAUUGAGAGGCGUUGUUUCAUUAUGUAAAUAGGGAGAAUUGAGGUCUCAAACACAGCGGAUACGCCUUUAUCUGAGCAAGGGAUCACUUUUUUGACUUGUAGUGCAGUUUUUUAGUUCUGACUUUGCUAAUAGAUGGAAUGCCUACUUAAUC